AGAAACACAUUUUUCUCAGAAAGUUACCGAAAUAAAUGUAAGGGUGUAAAUGUACUUACUACAUACCUCUGAUGUUAAGUAAUCACAAAUGUAUUGUUCCAGUUCAAGAAUGCUUUCCAUUGGCUCCCACAGACCGAGUGAAUGGGAGGGAUGGAGGACUUUAUGUUUGACUGCGCAUCUGUGCUGGGAUGUAAAGCUACAGAGAUGGCCCAGGUAAAGGCAGCAGGUGGAACACCAAGGAGUCACCAGGACUUCGCAGAACUUUACUCUGACAUGGCUACGGUCAGCUCCAGUGCAGCAGAUAUAGGUGAGCCCGGGAGGAAAGGAACGACGUGCGAGACCUCCGUGACCGUCGGCCUCAACAGGGGAAGCAAAGCCUACCCUUCUCCUGCCAGGAGACGCCACCGCACGACCUUCAGCCACAAGCAGCUGGAACAGCUGGAAUUAGCCUUUCAGCAAAAUCAGUACCCCGACAUCUACUGCAGGGAGGAGCUGGCUCGACUCACGAAACUCAACGAAGCUCGCAUACAGGUGUGGUUCCAGAACAGAAGAGCCAAACAGCGCAAACAUGAGCGGGCUUCCCAGAAAGUGUUCCCUGUUGGUGUGAUGACAGGCCACAGGGCGCUAAUGGGGGGCAUGCCUCGACAGUACUACCCCCAGCCCUUGGCUCACAUCCCUCAUCUGUCCUCCAUGCUGCCAUCUGGGGCAUACACCCGCCACCAAAAUCAAGUCAGUCGCUGUCCCUGUCCCAGCAGCCCCCCACAACCCGCCCCUCAGCGCCAGCACGAUGAUUGGUACGGCUCACUAAGAACCAACCUCUCUUCGCCCAUGUUCCCAUUGGGCUCCAUGCAGCCUCUGGAGACAACCUCCCACUGGAGCUAGGAAGAUAAAGGAAACCCAGUGUAUCCCACCUGGUUGUGCCUCUACUACAUGUCAUUUUUUCCUAAAUAAAGCCAAAAUAAAAACCAUAAAUUUGUCUCCAUUUGAAAGCAGGAUCUUCUGAUUUGCAAGUCUCCACUGAAACAUUGUAAUAUGAUGAUGAUGAUGAUGGCUUCAUUUGUUCCCUGUUGGCUAAUUAAUUUGCAGCAUCGUCAGCAGGCUUUUACAUGCAAAGACAGCAACAUACGUACACGAGCAUUUACAGUGACAUAAACAGUGAAGAUGUUUGAGUUUCCUAGUAAUGUUAUGGUGCUUUGUACCGUUUAACAAUUUGAUUGUUUGCGGUAUGAAGGAAAAUGUCCCGAUUCUUGUUAACAGAGGACGGUAGUACCUUCACCCUGAAGGCCACAGCUCAAAAAUAAGAGCUCGGGGCGGUGAUUAUUUUCUGCUACAACCUUUUUUUUGCCUUCCUCAUCACUCUAUCCAUGUAUAUUCCUUCCAGGCUCUGCAAGGUGGUUCCCAACAGCUUGCUGGCUGUGCUUACUAUACUUAAAGCCUUCAAUAAAAGCAGAAUAUAACAUUGAAACCAUUGGCGUAUGUAUGGAAGCAUGUGCUAGAGUUCUUUGUUUAAAAUAUUCUCUAAAAAUACAAUGUGGGAAAGCUACUGCUCUCUAGUAUUCAUUUUGCAGGCAAAGAGGAGAUGGUUCACUUUAGAAGUUGUAAAGACAUUGAUAUCCUUAAAACGGCUUUAAAUAAAUC